AUGGAGCCCUGCCCAGGUGGGAAUGGAUGUGCCCACAUCUGUCAGAGUGAGAAUGGAGUGGCCAGGUGUGCCUGUCACCCAGGCUACCUGCUGUCUGGAGACAAAAAGGCCUGUAGAGACAUAAACGAGUGUGCUGAAGGGCUUGCUCACUGUGGCCAUCGCUGUGUGAACACGGUGGGAUCUUUUACUUGUGCUUGCCACCCUCGCUUUGAACUGGGAGCUGAUGGAAAACAGUGUUACAGGAUUGAAUUGGAAAUUGUCAAUAGCUGUGAAAGGAACAAUGGUGGUUGUUCCCAUCACUGUGAACAUGUACUUGGUGGGCCCUGUUGUUCCUGUAACCAUGGAUACCAGCUUGAUUCAGAUGAGAAAACAUGCAUAGACCUUGAUGCAUGUGAGAGUGGAGAAGCCUGCUGUGCCCAGCUCUGCAUCAACUAUUCAGGAGGCUAUGAAUGCGCUUGUCAGGAGGGCUUUCAGAUCACUUCUGUUGGUUGUGGCUGUGAUGCUUUAGAUGAUGAGGAGCUAGAGGAAGAAGAAGAGGAAGCAGAAGUUGUGAGGUCUCUAGGCCUUCUAUUCCAGAGCCCACCUCAACUGCUUCAUCAUGUUGCUGCUUCUUUGCCUCCCACCUACGAAGAUGAGGAGGAAGAGGAAAAAGAUAUUUGAGGAGAACUCACUGCUUUGCACAAAGUUGUCUGUUUAGAUCACAGCUUCGGAUAUGACUGCAGUUUGAGCGGCGAGGACUGCACGAAUGGAGGCAGAUGCCAGGAAGGGAAGAGUGGGUGCUCCUGCCCCGCUGGCUGGGGUGGCGUUCUAUAUAAUGAAACUGGUUCCCCAGAGACCAGUGGGAAAGAGUGUGGCAGCACCUGUGAUUGUCGGAACGGAGGCACCUGUGAUCCUUUGACUGGGCAUUGCCGGUGCCCCCCAGGGGUACAUGGGAAAACCUGUGAAGAUGGCUGUCCCAAGGGGGCCUUCGGAUCUGGCCGCUCUGCACAAUGUCAGUGUGUGGAGGAGAACACCCUGGAAUGCAGUGCCAAAAAUGACAGUUGCACCUGCAAAUCUGGUUACCAAGGCAACAGAUGCCAGAAAGCCUGCCCUGACAGCCUCUGGGGACCAGAGUGCCAGUUCUCCUGCGGACCUUGUGAGAAUGGAGGUCAGCGCAACAAAAAAACUGGCAACUGUGAUUGUCCUCCUGGUUAUGUGGGGAAGGCCUGUACCGUACUGAUGCUGGUAUUUGUGGACUGGGCCAUGGAAACACAUGUGACGGUGGUUCAAAGUAGUAAUAACUGUGACCUCUCCCACUGUCGCCUCUGUCUCCAUGAAGAGGGGUUCAUGUGA